AUCGAUACAUGAAGUCAGCUGAAAAUGACUAUUCAAUUGGAACAAGAUUCAGCAUGCAGUUUGAUGGUGAAGAAUGUCCUGAACCAAAGUGCUCCAUAUUUGCAGGGACUGUAGUUGGCAUUAAUAAUAUUGAUUGCAUCAGGUGGCCUGGUUCAGAGUGGAGAUGUCUGAAGGUGCAAUGGGAUGCCCCAUCGAAGAAAAUUGUUCGUCCUCAAAGGAUUUCUCAUUGGAACAUUGAACCGGAAGAGGUCAAGAAGAAGUGCUCUUCCAUUCUUACUGAUCGAAAGAGGGAACGCCCUUUGGAUCCAUCAACUCCUGGGUUUACUGUUUUAGUCAGUGAAGGCUUAUCUAAGGGCUCAGUUGAGCAUCCACCAAAAAGACAGUUGGAGGUCUUGCAAGGUCAAGAAAACAGAGCCAUAGAUGCUCAUGAAUUCGGUGCACUCAGGCAACCACUGUUAUCACAUUUAAUUCCCCAACCAAAUCCUGAUUGGGGCCACCCGCAAAUUGGAUUGGAGAAUCAGCCGCACUUUCUGAUUGGAGAUGCUCAUGAAUUUGGUGCACUCAGGCAACCACUGUUAUCACAUUUAAUUCCCCAACCAAAUCCUGAUUGGGGCCACCCGCAAAUUGGAUUGGAGAAUCAGCCGCACUUUCUGAUUGGAGAUGCUCAUGAAUUUGGUGCACUCAGGCAACCACUGUUAUCACAUUUAAUUCCCCAACUAAAUCCUGAUUGCGGCCACCCGCAAAUUGGAUUGGAGAAUCAGCCGCACUUUCUGAUUGGAGAUGCUCAUGAAUUUGGUGCACUCAGGCAACCACUGUUAUCACAUUUAAUUCCCCAACUAAAUCCUGAUUGCGGCCACCCGCAAAUUGGAUUGGAGAAUCAGCCGCACUUUCUGAUUGGAGAUGCUCAUGAAUUUGGUGCACUCAGGCAACCACUGUUAUCACAUUUAAUUCCCCAACUAAAUCCUGAUUGCGGCCACCCGCAAAUUGGAUUGGAGAAUCAGCCGCACUUUCUGAUUGGAGAUGCUCAUGAAUUUGGUGCACUCAGGCAACCACUGUUAUCACAUUUAAUUCCCCAACUAAAUCCUGAUUGCGGCCACCCGCAAAUUGGAUUGGAGAAUCAGCCGCACUUUCUGAUUGGAGAUGCUCAUGAAUUUGGUGCACUCAGGCAACCACUGUUAUCACAUUUAAUUCCCCAACUAAAUCCUGAUUGCGGCCACCCGCAAAUUGGAUUGGAGAAUCAGCCGCACUUUCUGAUUGGAGAUGCUCAUGAAUUUGGUGCACUCAGGCAACCACUGUUAUCACAUUUAAUUCCCCAACUAAAUCCUGAUUGCGGCCACCCGCAAAUUGGAUUGGAGAAUCAGCCGCACUUUCUGAUUGGAGAUGCUCAUGAAUUUGGUGCACUCAGGCAACCACUGUUAUCACAUUUAAUUCCCCAACUAAAUCCUGAUUGCGGCCACCCGCAAAUUGGAUUGGAGAAUCAGCCGCACUUUCUGAUUGGAGAUGCUCAUGAAUUUGGUGCACUCAGGCAACCACUGUUAUCACAUUUAAUUCCCCAACUAAAUCCUGAUUGCGGCCACCCGCAAAUUGGAUUGGAGAAUCAGCCGCACUUUCUGAUUGGAGAAUCAGCCGACUACUGGUCUCCAACGUUUACUUCCUCUGGAGCCCAUGACAGUGUUGAAGUAAGCAGAAGCUUGUCUUUCCCAAAAUUCAACUCAACUAGUUCUGUCUCUGUAGACUGUAAGGCUCCUGAAGAGUACAAGAUUAAAGCUCCACUGAGCCAACCAAAUGGCAACGCCAAAUGCAUGCUUUUUGGAGUCAAUAUAUUUAGUAGUCCUCUGGAGCUCCCUUCACAACAAGUUGUCUCUUGUAGUGAUCUUCAUAGUGUCUGUCCUGCUCUUCCAGUGGUAUCCCACUCAAGCAUUUCUGAAACUGACCAGGUCUCAGAGACAUCUAAGAGUGUUUAUGGCAACCUUUCGGAGAAACAAUGCAAGAACUGCUGUUCCAUCACUGGGCGGAGUUGCACAAAGGUACUGAAGUAUGGAACUGUUCUUGGAAGAUCAGUUCACCUAGCUCGUUUUGAUGACUACGAUGAACUCAUUCGUGAGCUUGACCAGAUGUUCGACUUCAAAGGGUCGUUAAUUGACGGGAGCAAUGGCUGGCAUGUAACCUACACAGAUGGUAAAGGGAACAUGAUGCUGAUUGGAGAUUACCCAUGGCUGGAAUUCCGGGUCAUGGUGCAGAAGAUGUUCAUUUGUCCAAAGGAAGAUGUUGAUAAGUUGGAUCCAACUCCACCAAACCCAACACCAUUAUAAUUCGUACUUGUUAGGGUUACUCCCAUCUUUGUGUCUAAUCCCAAAGGAGGUCUGCAUACAUAGUCGUACAAGUAAUACAGCAUACAGUGAAUCUAUGUAGCUAUAGGUUGUCCAUGAAAUAGUGUGAACUUCAAUAUGACCUGGUGGUUGUUGCUUCUUUGUGACUAAAAGGGCCUGAUAGCGGCAUACAACUUCGCACUAACAUAAACUAUAUGUUUUUUGAGGAAAAUUAAGUUUUUUGUAUGCUGAUCGCACUUAUCUGGAAAAUUCUAUGAUCAAUUUCAAUUUUAACAAGCUUGGAAGCAGCAGUAAGGAUUGAAUAAAAUGGCAUGUUUUUUUAGUGCAUGGGUGUAAAGGUUUUGAUGCAUUCUCGCCUUGAUCUAUUCUAUGACGCAUACACUCUGCCUAAUUCUUUAUUUACAUGUUUACUGCUAUGUAACUUUUUUGGUUUUUUCUCGUCAUAUGAUUGAUGAACUUCGAACAACUUAAUGUUGCCUCUGAGGAGGGAAAAAGAAAAGGGAUAUUUAGGAUCGUACUUGGUGUUUGGCAUUGGAACAAAAUUUUCGCAUUUGAAUCGGAAUGAUUUAGGUUUGUAUAAGUUGGUGAUGGUAAGUUGGGGAAGAGGUAAACCACAAAUUCAUGAUUAGUAAACUGUGAAAUGUUAUAUCUGUACCGAAAUAUGUGGUUCUCCAACAGACUGAAAUGGCAUGAAUAUGGUGAAUGGACUUGGAAUAUGGCAAUGUUGAUUGAUUAUGGGCAUA